CCACCAUCUCUAUUCAUCCAGCAUUAGCUCAAAUGUCGUAUAUUGAGGAAGACGAAGAGUCUGGGCCUCCGUUGUAUUGCGAGAGGCCGGAGUGGGCAGAUGUCACACCAAUACCACAGUACGAAGGUGUGAGCAGCCCAAUCGCACCCAUCUUCUACACACCUGAUUACAAGGACGCUACGGACUACUUUCGAGGCAUUGUAAAGACGGGAGAGACGAGCGAGCGUGUGCUUGAGCUUACGGAGGAUAUUAUCAGGAUGAACCCCGCUCACUACUCUGCCUGGCAGUACCGAUAUCGCACCCUUCUUGCUUUGAAUGCCCCUCUCGACGCUGAGCUACGUCUCAUGGAUGACUUUGCGGUCAAUAACCUGAAGACCUACCAAGUCUGGCACCACCGCCGACUACUCAUCACACACCUCACGGUAAGCACGCCGGGCGCGAAGCCCACUGCGGACCCGUUGGACACUGCGCAGGCCGAGCUUGAGUUUAUCGUACACGUGCUUGACGUCGAUACGAAGAACUACCACACAUGGAGCUACCGCCAAUGGCUGCUCGCGCACUUUGACGACUCUGCACUCUGGCUUGGCGAGCUACCGUACGUGGAUGAGCUCCUUCAGGCGGACGUACGGAACAAUUCGGCGUGGCACCACCGAUACUUCGUCGUUUUUGGGCGCGGGUCGAAGGCACAGGCUACGCCGGCGGAGGAGGCGGAGGUGCUGCAGAGAGAGAUCAGAUACGUGAAGGGCAAGAUCUCGUUCGCCCCGAAUAAUAUCUCCGCAUGGAACUACCUGCGCGGCAUCCUGGAGUACAGCAAGACACCGUUCAGCUCGCAAGCUGUCUUCGCAGAAUCUUACACCGUUCGUCGAGCACCCUGGGACGACGAAGACGUUGUGGACUUGGACAAUCCGAAGCCUUCAACAGACGCAGACCUCCCCUCCGUGUCUGCCAUGGACUUCCUGGCGGAGGCGUACGCGCGGGAAGGUGGUGAUUCCAUUACGAAAGCGGUAGAUCUGUGGAAAGCACUGGCCAACCAGCACGAUACCAUGAGGAAGAAGUAUUGGGAGUUCCGUAUUAAAGAGAGUCUAGAAACGAAGAGUGGUUGAGGGCAACGCCCAUUAAUUAUCCUUUCCAAGAUGAUCCCCCAGAUCUAAAGCGGAAUUCUACCCCUUCCACUGUACUUUAGCAAGCCCAACGAGAUAAAUCAAUCAUUUCCACCCUUCGCCCUCCAGUUUGGACACUUCUAGCCACUCGACGGGAUGAGACAUCCGU